AUGUCGCGACAACCGAAGUUGUGUCCGAAAUCACAUAUACCAGGCUACCCCAAUGCUUUCUGUGAUAUUGCUGCUUUGGCAUCGUUAUCACAGUCCGAGUCUCGUUCUGCGCUGGGGGAAGAGAAGCCUGAACAACGUGUUUACCGCGUCAAGAGAAAGCAUGUUCUGAAGGCUUGCGAUCGUUGCAGGGUCAAGAAAACCAAGGUCGCGCACAACCACCCAUGCCUGUUCCGGGAGAGAAAGGCCACGCAGGCGAAAGUAUAUUCCCGAGGAUUUGUUGAGAUGCUUGAAUCGCACCAUUCCUUGGUUGUUAAGGCGCUUCAGCAACUCUACAAGCUAUGCCUGAACAAAGAAGGGUUCCCUGGAGAGCCUCUCGUUGAAGCGCCUGACGGUUACCCCUUGACACACGCCAUUCUGGACCGUCUGGGGCUGAUUAAGCAAGCCGAGGAGAAUCCAGAAGAGGGCAACGAAGAUUCAGAAGAUCUGCAGUACUUGCGACUGCUGUCCACUUCGACUGACUGCAGCGGGACGACCGAUCCCUCCCCGGAGCCUGCUACUCCUCCUGAGCCCUCAUCUAGCAACUGCAGUCCCGUCGAUCUUUCACCUACAGGCACUGAAUGGAAAUGGAACUUCCCUCCAGCGCAAAGCAUCCAUUCUGAGCAAUAUCACAGUUUCCCGGAUCAGCAAUUCUCUGGACUGGCGCUUUCACAGUCGCCCCUAGGACCUGGAGUCCUUGCGGGCGAAUCUGCCUGCUUAGACGCCUCUCCGACAGUGCUCGACCAUGAUACUUCCUACCUCUACUAUCUGGAUGGUUGUAACGCAGUUGCAAAAGAUUCAAUGAACUCUCAUGUAUCUGCAGGGCCUGACUUCCAUCCAGCAGCAUCCGCUGUCGGCAUACCUGUUGACAUGCUUGCAGGCUUCGAUGUUCAUCUGCAGGGACACCAGGCUCUACAUCCGCCUCUUGUCCCAGGCUGGAUCUACCCCCGUGGUUGA